UUUUGACAGAUAGUCAGUCUGUUGACGGGCUGCGCGACACACGGUCGCUGGUGUAAAUUUUUCUCACAAGGAAGACAUAGAAAGGAGGAAAUUUGAGAGAAAAUCAAGAGUGAAGGUUUUUUGUUUUAUUUUUCCUAAUUAAUUUUUUGGUUUCCUCAUAAGAGACAGGAUAGAAAAGACUGUGGUGUGUGUGUGUGAAAAGGUCACUGGCGUAGACGAAGAGAAAAAAAAAGUGAAUGAGUGAAUUUUUCAUGGCAAACUCUUCAAUGACCCCCAUAGCGACAGAAGAUUAGCAACUUUGAAAUUAAAUUCUCCAUAUUUGAUGGACUUUCGCUGCAAUUUUUCAACGGAAAAAUACAUCCCCAAAGCAACUGGUGAUUGGAGUGGUAUGGUGAAAUAGUGUUAUAGAGAAGGAAUUAAUUGAAGAAGAGAAAAAAGAAAAAGAAAUUGGCAAUAGAAAGAAGGGAAAGAGAGUUUUGAAGGAAGCCCAGUUUUGGGAGACAUUUUGCCAUAUUUGGCAAAUUGUUCCUGCCUAUUUGUGCUGUGGAUUCAAUUGAGAGGAGAUUCCACUGUGGUGUGGUGUUAAUAAAGUGGCCCACCUCAUCCAGCAAUCGUAGCAAAUUGGAAAGGUUUUUUUACGUGGCACAUUUGAAAGCAAGUCAAGAUGGCCGCCCUGUGCACUGGUAUUUCUUACGGAUUGUCGCAGAUACAAAAUACCAGCACGACCACGGAUGGCAAGGAGUUGAUAUUUGUCAAGUUGACCGACUCUGCUUAUCGUGCCAUUGAGGAAUUUCAGCGGAAUCAAAGUAAAACAUGUUCUCAAGCUACCAUCCAAUUUCUCGGAAACGAAGGAUUUAUCUCAUUUCCGUCUGUGUCGAGCAGUGGUGGGCAAAAAUUUAGUUUUUCCCUCUCUGAAAUUGAGGGUCCAGCGGGUUCUUUUGAAUGCAUCCAGCAAAGUCAGGGGCAACUCGAUGUCCUGGGCACAUUAUCCAAUAAAAUGCGAAUACAUGCCAAUGAUGAUGUGUACGAGACAACAAAGCAUAGAAUGGCUGUGGCUGAGGAAAAUCAGAAAAAUAAAUGUACUCGAGAAAUAAAACCCAAUCAAACAGACAUUGGUCGCCGGGUAAAACUGAAACCAUCGAGUAAUCGCCUGAGUAACAUUCCUAGUAAUUCUUCAAGUUCUUCGUCUUCAUUAACAACAACAUACAACAAACGUGAUUCAUUUCACCUGAAUUCAGCAGCUCCUGCAUCAAAUUCAAAUAGUUUAUCAUCAAGUGUUUUAACUAAUAACAGUAGUAAUAAUAUUGCCAAUAACUACGGGACAACAUCAGCGUCGUCUCCAUCGCUCAAGGCGACGACAAAUGGGAUGACGACGGGUGGUCGAAGUCUCGGUGUCGCCGGCGGUGGUGUAAAUGGUGGUACCCAAGUGUUUGGAAAUGGAGCAAGUCGAGUGCCUAAUAAAGUUGCCAAUCGGAAUAAUCAGAGUUCAUCUUCACGAGGAGGAAAUCCUGACAUCAUGAAGAGAUCGAUAAAAGAAAGGCUGAUUCACUUAUUAGCGUUAAGGCCGUACAAAAAACCUGAAUUGUAUGCAAGAAUAGUCACUGAGGGAGUCAAGGACCGUGAUAAGAACAACAUUAAAAAUAUUCUGACGGCGAUAUCUUACCUAAGAGAUAAUACUUAUCAUCUGAAUCGGCAUAUUUGGAAUGAUGUGCACGAAGAUUGGCCAUUCUACACUGAACAAGAUCGGCAGAAUCUGAAGAGGCGAAAACCUCAAAAUCUAACACCACCUUUAAGUUCCGACGGUGGUUCGUCGACGUCUGGCCAAAGUCCGACGAGCACGCACAAUGGUAGUCCACCACCGGCUGUGAAACGGCCACUAAUGAACAGUGAAAAGUAUAUGGAGGGUCCUGUGAGCAAAAAGACACGAAUUAGUCGUGUUGGAAAUGCUAAUCAUGAUACGAGACGAGGAGUGACUGAUUCUCGGGAUUCCGCUAAUAUGAAUCCUCGUUCAAGGGAGCAUCAUGAAGAUAUGAGAUCGUCUAGUAGUUAUUAUGGUUCCAAUUCAACGCCAACCACACAAGAGUCUGAGGAUAGUGGACUGAGCUUAAGCUACUCAGUACUGAGAUCGGAUGCGGCCCAGCGGUUCCUAUCAACAAGCUCAUCGUCAGCUGACACAGAUGCACAACAUCAUCACCGGUAUGAGGAGGAUGUAAAUGACCUAAGGAAUGAAUCUGUAAAACACAAUGGAGUCACUCAUGAUUUCAGCAGUCAAUUCAGGAGGAUAGAAUCAAUUGAGCAGAGGCGGGAAUACAAGUCAAUAUUCGAUAAGGAUUAUGCGGAGUACCGAAAAUUGCAUGCUGAUAUCGAUCAAGUAUCGAAAAAGUUUGCUGAAUUGGAGGAAGCUCUUAGGUUUGAGGAGAAGAGACUUCGGCGAGAGGAGCGAGAUGAUCUGAAAUUUCGUGUUAGGGAAAUUCAAAAGCGAAUUCUCAACGAGUACAAAGAAACCAUGCGAAACAGGAAUCAUCAAGAGUCAAAAAGGCGGUUUCAAUAUCUGCAUCAGAAACUGUCACAUAUCAAAAAGCUCGUCAAUGAUUUUGAUCUUACCCUCACCAAUGGCAAUGGAAUCCUUACACAUUCGGGCUACUGACGAUUAUUGAUCGUUUUUGCAACUGUUGGUGUAUAGAAGUGGCUAAAUGCAAUGGUUUAAAAAAAAAAAACUACAUCAUACUAGAAAUCUCUCUUCCAUGGAACAAGCCAAAAGGAAUCACGAAAAACACUUAUAAUUUAAUUUAAAAGAAGAAAGAAAGAAUGUUUUCGGUGAUUGGGAUAUAGACAAAAAUGCAUAAAUCGCCAACAAUUUGCAUUCCGUCAUCUUCCGUCAAAAAGAAAAGUGUAAGUAACACUGUCUGCAUCAUCAUUCAACUCUCCAUUACAAAAAUUAUGGUUUGUUUCUUUUUAUUUUUGUUGUUUCUUACAUUUGUCAAACAUGUGAAUGCAAAAUGUAAUGUGUUAGAAAGAGAAAGAAAGAAAGAAAGAGAGAUAGAGAAUUGAAAAAAAAACAAACAGACACACACACACACACCUAAAGAAUAAUGAUGAUUUAAACAAUGACGACUCUGGCCAUUCU